AUGGCAAACAAUCAAAAUUUAUUCUUUUAUGCGCCAACGUGGGAUUAUCCACCCAACGGCCCCAUCAAGCUCGGAAAUGUCCUCACGUCUGUCAAGAAGCCUGAACGACCGCUUCAUUGUGUCCCGCCCACAGAGUCUGAUGUCUUCUCGACAAAGAAAAUGAGUGUUGGACAUGACAAAGAUCAACUGCGAAACGAGAAAUUCUCAAUUUUGGUUAGAUUCUUUAGCAUUUUUGGUCUUGAUAUCCAAGUGAGUGCCGGAUGGGAGUCUAGUAAGGAGAACAAGUUCUCAUUCAAAACCGUCGAAACGACGCAAUUCGUCCCCACAGCCUCAUAUAUACAAAGCUGUGUCGAAAACGACGACGUCCGCCGCUUUCUCCAAAUAUCCCGCUAUCGCAAACCAGUCUAUGUCAUUACAGGCCUGAAAGUAGUUACUGGCGUCGAAGCCAACAUGCACACGACGCAUACCGUUCGAAGCUCCCCCAGUAUCCAGAUCGGCAGCACCAUACCCCAUGUUGGGCCGAUUACUUUUGGCGGUGGCCCCGGCACCGAGAGUAGGACUUCAACCAAGGCUGUUACAACUUGGGGGGGAAGUGAUAACUUUGUGUUUGCGUUCCGCGUGAGUAAAGUCUUUGUGGGUAAAGAAACAGGCCAGGUCGUCAGCGAGGAAGAUUACCGCAAGGGAGCCAUGCUUGGCAAUGAGGAAGAGGGGCAAGAAAUCAAGGGUCCGCAACUGUCCAUCCUCAAGGUCGAACAACCAGAUGCAGAAGGCGAAGGCUUUGGUGUGGAAGAGUUGACUGAAGGAGAAGAUGUGGUGGUCUGCGCAAUUCCGAGGGAAGACUGAUGGAAUGGAAUGACUAUUAGAUUUUGCUUUUGUCUUAAAUCAAAUGCCCCUAUCUCUUCAAACUCUCC